AUGUCAAGUCAAUCCACUAAUGUAAUCGGUCUAUUCGUUACAAACAUUGGAUUUAAAAGUGAAGCUUUAAACCAAGCAGCGGAUUCAAAAAUAUUUUUAUGCACCAACGAUGAUCUUAUAGAAAUUAUUGAAAGAUGUUAUGAAGACAUAAAGAAAGAAAGUUUUUUAAACUUCGGCGAUGUUAUAAUCGAUGAUCUCGAAUUUAAUGAUGGAAAAAUUAAACGAAUUGAUGAUGUAGAUAUUGAGCUUAAUAUCGCGUCGGUCGAUUCUUACUGA